CACGUGUGUUCAUUGUAUUCAAAACUAAUUCCACUUUCAUGUCACGGCAGAUACAAACGCCAGGAGACGAGGCCUCGUUACAGCAUCGGGCUGGAGCAGGAUGAGACCUACAUUCCCCCUGGAGAGUCCCUGAAGGAUUUGAUCGAGCAGUCCCAGAGCUCGGGGAGCGGCUCCGGGCUCCCUCUCCUGGUUCAAAGGACCAUCGCAAAACAGAUUCAGAUGGUAAAGCAGAUUGGAAAAGGUCGCUAUGGAGAAGUCUGGAUGGGAAAGUGGCGUGGUGAAAAGGUAGCCGUGAAAGUGUUUUUUACCACGGAGGAAGCCAGCUGGUUCAGAGAAACAGAAAUCUACCAGACUGUCCUGAUGAGGCAUGAAAAUAUUCUCGGGUUCAUUGCCGCGGACAUUAAAGGUACAGGAUCUUGGACCCAGCUGUAUCUCAUCACCGACUAUCACGAGAAUGGCUCGCUUUAUGAUUAUCUAAAAUCUACUACUUUGGACACAAAAGCCAUGCUAAAACUGGCUUACUCCUCCGUUAGUGGCUUGUGCCACCUGCACACUGAGAUCUUCAGUACUCAGGGCAAACCCGCUAUUGCCCACCGAGACCUAAAAAGUAAGAAUAUCCUGGUGAAAAAGAACGGCACCUGCUGUAUAGCAGAUUUGGGCUUGGCUGUUAAAUUUAUCAGUGAUACAAACGAGGUAGACAUACCUCCAAAUACCCGUGUAGGAACAAAACGCUAUAUGCCUCCCGAGGUGCUGGAUGAAAGCUUGAAUAGAAAUCACUUUCAGUCGUACAUCAUGGCUGAUAUGUACAGUUUUGGACUCAUCCUUUGGGAGAUAGCAAGGAGAUGUGUUUCAGGAGGAAUAGUUGAGGAAUACCAGCUUCCGUACCAUGACCUCGUGCCCAGCGACCCCUCGUAUGAGGACAUGCGGGAGAUCGUGUGCAUCAAGAGACUACGCCCUUCCUUUCCCAACAGAUGGAGCAGUGAUGAGUGCCUACGGCAGAUGGGGAAGCUGAUGAUGGAGUGCUGGGCUCACAACCCUGCCUCCCGGCUCACAGCCCUGCGGGUCAAGAAAACACUUGCCAAAAUGUCAGAGUCGCAGGACAUUAAACUCUGACUUGGCCAGGGGCAGCUCUCGUGAAGGCCCAUGGAAACGGACUUUCUCGUGCAGGCAGAAGUCCUGAAGAGGUAUCAAAAGUCUUGCUAAUAAUACCUUGAAAGCAGUCAUGCUUAAGAGCAGCUGUAAGUUUGACAGCUUUUGAGGAGACUAUCCUUUGCAAAAAUCAGCUGAAUUUUGACAUACAAGAUUGGAAGAGGCUUGUCUGCCCUUGUUUACACGGGGAAAUACAGUUUUAGUAACUGGUUUAAGAUUAUGCAUGUUGCUUUCCGUGAAAGCCAUUUAUUAUUUUAUUAUUAUUAUUGUUAUUAUUAUUAUUUUGAUUGUUUAAAAAGAUACUGCUUUAAAUUUUAUGAAAAUAAAAGUUUUGGUUAGAAGUAAAAAAAGACGUAUAUUGUUACA